UUGCAAAAGGAACAGAGGUUUGUAUAUGCAGUUGAUGUGAAUGCCCAUAAACUGCUAAAUUUAGAGCCUCAUACUUGGGAAUUCAUCUCUGAAUUGAAACCCAAGGUUGGCUUAAUUGAGCAUUUGUCUCAUGAUCGAACUUUUGGUGACAUAAUGAGCACUGUACAUGCUUGCAGAAAGUCAGGUCAGGAUGCAACUACUUCAGAUUUUGGAGAUAGAAAUCUCUACAAUGGAUCACAUACGAAUGCAAGUUACAGAAAAUCAAAAGUUGCAGUUGUUGGUAGUGGGACUGCAGGGUUGUUUGCUUCUCUUGUGCUUGCUGAAUUUGGAGUAGAUGUUACACUGAUGGAAAGGGGAGAAGCAGUUGAUAAAAUGGGCCGUGACGUUGGUGCUUUGGUUGUUCGACGGAUAUUGCAAGAGGAGAGCAACUUUUUCUUUGGGGAGGGUGGUGCAGGUACUUGGAGCUACGGGAAGCUAGUUACUUGAAUUGGCAGAAACAGCGGUAGAGUUUUGGCAGUUUUGGAAACAUUGGUCCGAUUUGGAGCUCCACCAAAAAUUUUGGUUGAUGGAAAAACUCAUCUGGGAACUGAUAAAUUGAUUCCACUUCUUCGAUUUCGGCGUUACCUUGAAGAGUUGGGUGUCGCCAUCAGGUUUGGAACAAGAGUAGACGAUUUACUUGUCAAGGAUAAACAUGUGGUGGGAGUCAAAGUUUCUGAUUCAAGAGAGAACCGCUCACCCUCCACCAGCCAGCAGUUGGGGUAUGAUGCAAUGGUUCUUGCAGUAGGGCAUUCUGCAGGUGAUACAUGUCAGCUGCUUCAUCCUCAUGGGGUCAGCCUGGUUGAAAAGGAUUUUUCUGUUGGCCUGCGGGUUGAGCAUCCUCAAGAAUUAAUAAACAGCAUACAGUAUUCUGGAUUGGCUAAUGAAGUUCAAAGUGGACGCGGGAAAGUGCCUGUUGCGGAUUACAAGGUUGUUGAAUAUGUGAAUACAGACGGUAUCGCUUUGCCUUCAAAUUCUGCACCAAGAAAUCGCAGUUGUUACUCCUUUUGCAUGUGUCCUG